AUGCUUUCAGCCGCUGCGACCAAAAAGCGUCACGGGCGUGACUUACUGGACACUAAGCGUCCAAUUAGACAAUCGGAUAUUGCUGGCUGGUCACUGUGUUCCUCCUGGCAUAGAACGAAUUCCGAAGCUUACGAACUGGAAGAAAAAUGUCUAUAUGUUAAAAGACAGGUACAGGGGCCUGGAAACUGGAUUGGGUGUCUAGAGUCGAUGCCAAAUAUUGUCCAAACUAAAGCACAUUCAGUGCGUAGAGUAAUAGGUCAGCGUCGACCAGAUAUCAAAUCAUUAAAUGGAGGACCAGAGUUAGAAAAAUGUAGUUCUGGAAGGAAAUCACGAAUGCUUGAAUCAAAUAAAAUAGAAAAAAAACGCCCUUCACUUCCUAAAAACGAGAAAAAMAGAAAACUGACUGCUGAGGAUAGCGUCACACUCACACAAUUGAAAAAAAAAAAAUGUGUAAAACCAUCCAUUGUGGGUUUCAAAUAUGUACGUAAUGCCACGAAAAACGUUCUGGAAAAUAUGAACCCCCCAGUAUCAAACUUAAAAUCUGGCAACAUUGUAAAAAUCUCUGAAAAGACAAAAAUACCGUUAAAGAAUAGAGCAACUCAAUCUCCAAUAAGAUUUCCAGCUGUCAUACAUUUUGGGAAAUUCAAUGUGAAGACUUGGUUUUCAACCCAAUUUCCACAGGAACAUGAUGCUAUGAAAUUGAUUUUUUGUGAAUAUUGUUUGAAAUAUACUCAGUGCCAAUCGGUUAUGAGAAGACAUAUGCGAUAUUGUAAUUGGAGAACACCGCCAGGAACUGAAAUCUACCGAAMCGAAUGUCURAGCAUUUUUGAAGUUGAUGGAAAUAAUCACAAAAUAUAUUGUGAAACAUUAUGUGAAACAUUAUGUCGAAUUGGAAAACUAUUUUUGGAUGUUAAAACUCUGGAAUAUGGCGUUGAACCGUUCCGUUUUUAUAUUCUGACGAAAAAUGACUUUGCCGGCAACAAUUUAGUUGGUUAUUUUUCAAAAUCGAAAGACAGGGAAAACAAUUAUUUUAACGUGGCUUGCAUCAUGGUCAUGCCACAAUAUCAAAGAAAAGGGUACGGGCGACUUCUAAUUGAAUUCAGUUAUCUCUUAUCUAAAAUUGAAAAACAGCCUGGAACACCAGAAACACCCCUUUCYGACUUGGGUCAAAAGUUGUACAAUUCAUAUUGGAAAAGUGUUAUAUUGGAAUAUUUAGAUAAAUACACAAAUAAUGCCAAGAUAUGUAUCAAUCAUGUUAUCAGUUUAAUGAAACAAGACAUCAUCAAUACUUUAAAUUCUCUGAACUUUGUUGUGGAAGUAUUUAAUGGAACUACAAUAUGUAUUAACUGGGAUAUUGUAGAUGCUCAUAUGCAGAGAAAAAUAAAGUUAAAAAAG